GGUUUUUUGUAUGUGGCUGUAUGUCCGCGAUAAGAAGUAUGGCCGGAGAUUGUAUAAAUAUGAGUAAUUUGAAAAGUUUUGGAAAUAGAAGUUUUCCAGAUUUACUUUUUAGUAGAAUUAGUAUUAGUCGUUUGUGAAAGUUAACAAUUAGCAAUUAACAAUUAGCGAAUUAGAUCAUGACUGUAGAAUUAAAACCAACAUUUAAAACUAAAUCUGGUGAACCAAUCACCAUUGGUGCUGGAUCAGGAACUGCUUGGAAAGCCUAUAAACGGAAUGAUCCUGAAAAUGCUGAAAUUCAAAAUGAAAUUAUUGAUAAAUUAGCUUAUUCUAUUAAUAUAGGUUAUAAUCAUUUAGAUACUGCUGAAGUUUAUAAUACUCAUCCUGAAAUUGCUAAAGCUGUUAUUAAGAGUCAAGUUCCUAGAGAAAAAUUAUGGAUUACUACUAAAUAUAUUGCAGCCAGUCCUCAUAUUUCAAAGAAAGAAGGAAAUCCAGCUACAUUUGUUAAAAAAGCAUUAGAAGAAUUAGGAACUGAUUAUAUUGAUUUGUUAUUAAUCCAUCAUCCAUUUUUUGAUAAAUCAACUUCCAAUAUUACUCUUGAAGAAGCUUGGCAAGAAAUAAUUGAUGCUAAGAAGGCUGGCCAUGUUAGAUAUAUUGGUGUAUCUAAUUUUGCAGUUGAACAUCUUAAAAGAAUUAUUGCUGUUAGUGAAAAGGAAGGUAAAGAUUAUUACCCAGUGGUUAAUCAAAUUGAAUAUCAUCCUUACUUACAAAACCAAUCGGAAAAUAUAGUUGAGUUUUCUAAAGAAAACGGUAUUUUAAUUGAAGCUUAUGGUCCAUUAAGUCCUCUUUUCAGAAUUGUUGAUGAUGAUGGUAAAGAGAUUGAAGAUCAUCCAUUAAAAUCUGUACUUCCUGAAUUAGCCAAGAAGUAUAACAAAACUCCAGCUCAAGUCUUAUUAAGAUAUACUUUAGAUAAGGGAAUUUUACCAAUAACUACUUCUUCAAAGAGUGAAAGAAUCAAAGAAGCUCUUGAAAUUUAUGAUUUCAAAGUCAGUAAAGAUGAUGUUGCCUUAAUAGAUGAAGAAGGAGCCAAAUUCCCUUACAGAUCUUUCUUCAAGGGUAGAUUUUAAACUUUUUAGCGAUAUUUACUUA